CCUCCACAGUCUUUGCGCACCAAAGGGUUUGUCUCUCUGCUUUUUACUACAGUUUAAACGUGAACAGACGCAGAGAGAGAAGCAGCCGAAGAAGCAGAUCCUACUUUCCACUUCUGCUUUCAUCUGUUUUGAUUUUUUUUCUUGAAGUCAACCUUCCUGGCGGCCAUGGAGAGGCGAAGGACAUCAGUUUGGGAAAUAAAGGGCAUGAUUUGGAUUUUCUGUUUUCUGUUUGCUGUCUCUGUAGUUAAGGUGGAAGCCACCAGCCCCCAUUCCCCGCUGGCUCUAUCUGCACCCCACAUGUAUUACACCUGUCCAGAGGGGGUGACUGCCAAACUAGUGUGUAACCAAAAGCAUGCCAAGGUGUAUGACGAUAACCACGUAAAGGAGCGCUGGCUCUUCACGGCCCACACUGACCAGCACUGCAAAGGCAAGCUAGGCCCGAGGAAUCUGUCUCUCCCUCUUAAGAGCCACGUCUUGCCUCAGGGGUUGGAGAUGGGUCAUACGAAUGAUAAAAUGUGGGUGACUCUCCAUAACGUGACCUAUGCCGACCAGGGACGCUACUGCUGCAUGGCGCUGGAGUUUAAGAAAGAUCACGACCAUCUGUCGGUCCUGCAGAAUUCCCACAGCCACAUUAUCCUUCAUGUUACACCAAGGAGGGAAGGAGCUACCAACUGCACCUUCUGGGAUCCCACACCUCCUCCAGCAUCGGUGCCCGUGGCCUUGGCAUUAGCCGCCUGCAUUUUGGCUCUGCUCUCUCUGCCUCUUAUUCUGGUCCUGGUCUACAAACAGCGGGAGAACUCCCGCUCAAACAGGCGUGGACAAGAGCUGGUGAGGAUGGACAGUGAGGCUCAGGGCCAUGAGAAUCCGGUGUUUCUGGGGGGGUCGCCUCAGAUAAAGACCCGCACUGUUUCCCAGAUCUUGGCCAGGCAGCCCUCUGAGACAGGCCGCCACUUGCUGACCGACCCAGGAACGCCCCUCUCUCCGUCCACACAAGGGGACGUAUUCUUCCCAUCUGAAGACAUCAUCCCAGAGUCUCCAGACCUGGUGCAGAUUUAAAGCGGAUUCUUCACCUAAACUGUUGUCCCAGAGAGAGAGAGAGACUCCUGCAGCUCUGUUCUUCUUCAUUUUAAUACCAAUGCUAUCUCCACGAAUCGUCUCAUAGUUACUAUACAAACACAUAUUCUUCCUGUCUGGAUUUGCAACCUGUACAUUGGUCUGGACCCCAGGAGGGAAGGAGGGCUGCGUGCCGUGUCCACCUGCAAUAACAGCUGCAGGCCCAAACUGAACUUAAGUCGGCAUGUUGCGUCUGAUCUUCAGUUCGUCUUAGAUUUUUAUGGGUUUUUUUUUGCUCUAUUGGUGCUUUUAAUAAAAUGUGGGGGUCAUGUAGGAGAUAAGUGACACAGUUUAUAUGCUGAUGCUGUUAAAGGGGUUGAGACAAACAUAUUUUUAUUGUGUGCAUUCCGAUCCCUACAGGAUUUAAUUUUCUUCCACCAGAAUUUUUAAUCUUAAAUGCAGCAGUGAUCUUUUGCCGGUCAUUAGAGAAUUUUCAGGUUCAGAUAAACAGACUCUCAAGCCCGUUACAAAAUUCUUCAUGUCAGAACUUUGAUGCUUUCUGGUUAUUUCUGUCUUCUGAAAGGACUAAAGCGAUGAGAGAGUUAAAGCCACCGCUACACUUCUGAGCUGUCGGGUAGAAAAUGAAUAGGGCUGGAACUGUGGACUUAGGUAAGGGGUUUCCUGGCAUCGCUGGCGUUGGGUUCUUGAUGAUGAGGACUAAGAAAGAGCAGGACAAAUGAUCCAGCCGUUUUCUGCUUCUGAGCUACUAAACAGAGUAGCAACACCUCAACUUAUACAAAGUUUGGUGCUCAAGGGUGUGAUGUAGCAAUGGUCUAUUUUGCAAAAAAAAGUGCUUUCUAGUGAUGUUUGUGUUUCUAAAAGGACCACCAAGCGAGGUAAUGACAGUGGUUGGUUUAUAGAAAGAUUUACUGGGUUUAAGAGUGUGAAGUAGCAGGGUAGGUAUGUGACAGGAGAACCGUGCACCUAGCUGGGCUCAGAAUUUCAAAUUAAACCACACAGAUUAAUCACAGUGAGAGAAGUUGAGUCAUUGCUGGUCAGUGGCCUGAUGUAUAUUGUGCAGGUUAUUCAGGGCAGAACAUGGGUGGCUUUUCCCCUGAUAUCCAAUCCCCUUCGUUAGAGAAAAGAUAUCUGCACAAUUUCACGCGCUGCAGAUUUGUUUCUACCUUGGAUCGGGAGAUGGACACCAAUAUGUCAUAGGAUAGAGUUCUACUGCACGCUGGUCAAAGCCGACAUCGGUGCAAGACUUGGGUUUAAUAAAGAAAAGCUCUGGAGCAGUUUAAAAGGUGGCAUGCUUUUGCUUUAUGACUGAACUGUUCUGUGAAAGGAGCUUUAGAUAUUACAAGACCAAAACGGGGCAUUACAUUUCCUCUCUGGAUGAUAUAUGCAUAAAUAUAUAUAUAUAAGAUUGCUUCUCUUCUUUGUUCCUCUGUGCUACCUCAGACUUAUGCCUCUUCUGUCUUUUCCAUAUGCUGCUUAAACUGCACCAUAGCCUUAAACUGUUUAUUGCUGUUUUAAAGUUUAUUUGGGAAAGAUUUCAUUGUGGUCUCUGUGUUUAAUAAUGAAGAAAAAGAAAAGAUUUUAUGUUGAAUGUAGCCUUGUGGAUACCAGCAAACAGCAGCUGACCUCACUGCCAUUAAGACCCUUCCUGUGUGUUUCACAAUGUUUAUGUUAAUCAGGGUAAAGGUUCAGCCGGGCUUUUAUUUGUGUGCAAUUAGAUCUGAUAAGCCAAAAUCUGUUAAACGGGUCUGAAAUCCGAUCCGAAGACCAAUUGUACCAACGUAGGGUCUUGGAUGACUUCCCCAGCUGUUGGUUUUAUUUUUAAACUGUAGAACGCAUGCAGCUGGUGCUUAGCGGAAAUCACCUGCAGAAGAAAGUGUUUAACAGGUUGGUAGGAGAUCUGUUGAGAUGUAAGCCUGCUGAUUUGUGUGUUUCAGAGCUUUAAGAACUGAUUUUCUAGUUUCCCUCAUAAAAAAAAAAAAGAUCACUUUGUAUUAUUGUGUUUUUAUACUGUAAAAAGCUUGCGUGAGAGGAAGUUUCUUCCUUUUAAACUGUCCUCUCGGUAGCCUGUACAAUAAAGGGAACUCUCGGAGCCUUAUAAAAUGC